UCAACGUCCCACUUCUCAGCAAGCAUCCCUCAACACACAGAUGAGCUGGCCUCCUCCUCUGUCCAAUCCAGAUCAGAUUCAGCGUCUAUCGACCUGGACUGGACUUGUCAGAACGACCUGACCAGAAGAAUCCUCCUUUUUAGGCACAUUAUAUGACACCAUGUACAUGUUCUCAAAGAGCCUGGAGGAGCGCUGUAACCGGAUCCUCCGGGACAUGGAGGGCUCCCUUACGGCCCGGGAUCGGGUGGGCAUCCAGGAUUUCGUUUUGCUGGACGCCUACACAAGUGAGAGUGCCGUCCUGGACAACUUAAGGAAACGCUUCAACGAGAACCUAAUUUACACCUACAUUGGUACGCUCUUAGUGUCAGUGAACCCCUACAAAGAGCUGGGAAUCUACACCAAGAAGCAGAUGGAUAUUUACAUGGGCGUCAACUUCUUUGAGCUUCCACCCCACAUCUACGCCCUGGCAGACAAUGUCUACCGCACCAUGUUAACAGAGACCAACAACCACUUCAUCUUGAUCUCAGGCGAGAGUGGAGCAGGGAAGACGGAGGCCUCCAAGAAGAUCCUGCAGUUCUACGCUGUCAGCUGCCCCAGUACUAAACUGCUGGACAACGUCCGAGACCGACUGCUGCUGUCCAACCCUGUGCUCGAGGCUUUCGGAAAUGCCAAAACCCUGAAGAAUGAUAACUCAAGCCGCUUUGGGAAGUACAUGGAUAUUCAGUUUGAUCACAUGGGGGGAGCUGUUGGUGGCCACAUCCUCAGUUAUCUACUGGAGAAGUCCCGGGUGGUGCAUCAGAACCAUGGAGAGAGAAGCUUCCACAUCUUCUACCAGCUAGUGGAGGGAGGAGAGGAGGACCUGCUACGCUGGCUGGGUCUGGAAAGGAACUGUCAGCGCUACAGUUACCUGGUACAGGUGGGAGAGGUAACCUAUCAGCGCUACAGUUACCUGGUACAGGUGGGAGAGGUAACCUAUCAACACUACAGUUACCUGGUACAGGUGGGAGAGGUAACCUAUCAACACUACAGUUACCUGGUACAGGUGGGAGAGGUAACCUAUCAACACUACAGUUACCUGGUACAGGUGGGAGAGGUAACCUAUCAACACUACAGUUACCUGGUACAGGUGGGAGAGGGGGAAUGUGCCAAAGUCAGCUCAGUCAACGACAAGAGUGACUGGAAGACGGUACGGAAAGCCCUCAGUAUCAUAGAGUUCAGUGAGAGCAAUAUAGAGAGCCUGUUUGCAAUCAUUGCUAGCGUACUUCACCUGGGAAAUGUUACGUUUGUGGCUGACUCACAGGGAUACGCCACUCUCAACAACAGUCCGGAGAUACAUUGGCUGUCCAAGUUGCUGGGCAUUCCUGCACAGGUGAUACAGGUGGGUUUGACACACAGGAAGAUUGAGGCCAGGUCAGAAGAGUUGCUCAGUCCCUUCACCGUUGACCAGGCAGUAUAUGCCAAGGAUGCUCUAGCCAAAGCCAUCUAUGGCCGCACCUUCACCUGGCUGGUCAACGAGCUCAAUGAGUCUUUAGCAAACAAGGAUUCCUCCAGGAAGACAGUGAUUGGUCUGCUUGACAUCUAUGGGUUUGAGGUGUUCAGUGUGAACAGCUUUGAGCAGUUCUGCAUCAACUACUGUAAUGAGAAACUGCAGCAGCUCUUCAUCCAACUGACCCUGAAGUCAGAGCAGGAGGAGUACGAGAUGGAGGGGAUUGAAUGGGAGUCAGUGCCAUACUUCAACAACAAGAUCAUCUGUGACCUGGUGGAGGAGAAAUUCAAAGGCAUCAUUUCAGUGCUAGACGAGGAGUGUCUACGUCCGGGAGAGGCUACAGACAUGACCUUCCUGGAGAAGCUGGAGGAGAAGAUGGGAGGUCACCCCCAUUUCGUCACACACAAGCUGGCUGACCAAAAGACCCGGAAGACUCUGGAACGAGGAGACUUCCGCCUCUUACACUACGCAGGGGAAGUCACAUACUGUGUGGUCGGAUUCCUGGACAAAAAUAAUGAUCUCCUGUACAGGAACAUUAAAGAGGUUAUGCGCCAGUCUAAGAAUGCCAUUGUUAAACACUGCUUUCCCAGCACUGAGCCGGACAGCAAGAAGAGACCUGAAACAGUGGCCACUCAGUUUAAGAGCAGUCUGGUAGGCCUGACUGAGAUCCUCAUGUCUAAAGAGCCCUGGUACGUCCGCUGUAUGAAGCCUAAUGAAGGCAAGCAGCCAGGGCUCUUUGACGACGUGUUGGUGAGACACCAGGUGAAGUACCUGGGGCUGAUGGAGCACCUGAGGGUCAGACGGGCCGGCUUCGCUUACCGCCGGAGAUAUGAGAUCUUCCUACAGAGGUACAAGCCCCUGUGUCCAGACACCUGGCCUAACUGGAAAGGUACAGCCGCAGAGGGGGUGCAGUGCCUGAUCAAGCACCUGGGCUACAAGCCUGAUGAGUACAAGAUGGGAAGGACCAAGAUCUUCAUCCGCCAUCCCAGGACUCUGUUUGCCACCGAAGACGCCUUUGAGGUCUGCAAGCAUGAGCUGGCUACAAGGAUCCAAGCAAAGUACAAAGGCUACAGAGUGAAGGGAGACUACAUGAGACAGAGACAAGCAGCUACAAAGAUUGAGACAUGCUGGAGAGGCAUGAAGGCCAGGAGAGAGAGGGAUAAGAGAGCCUGGGCUGUUAAGGUCAUUAAGAGGUUCAUCAAGGGCUUCAUGACUAGAAAUCAGCCAGCCUGUGUUGACAACACAGAGUACCUGGCAUUUGUCAGGCAAAACUACCUCACACGGCUCAAGGAGAAUCUACCCAAAACAGUUCUGGACAAGAACACUUGGCUAACCCCACCUCCCAUUAUGCAGGAGGCCUCACAGAUGUUGAGGAAACUUUACACCCGGCACAUGGUACGGAGGUAUGUACAAGGAAUCAUGACAGAGCGGAAAGCACAGUUGCAAAUCAAAGGAUUGACCAGUUCCAUAUUCAAAGGAACAAAAGAGAACUACCCUCACAGUGUGGGCAUACCAUUCGUGGACACCAGGAUACGUGAGGAAGACAUCCACAUUAAAGUCUACCAGAUGAUUAGGCAAGAACGCAUCAAGUACAGUGUUCCUGUGGUGAAGUACGACAGGAAUGGCUUCAGGCCACGUUUCAGACAGCUGAUCUACACUGGAAGUGCAGCCUACCUGGUGGAGGAGGCCAAGAUCAAACAGCGGGUGGAGUUCAACAACCUCAAAGGUGUGUCAGUCAGCACCCUGAGUGACAACUUCCUGAUCCUCCAUGUCCAAUGUGAGGAUAUCAAGCAAAAGGGGGACCUGGUGCUGCAGUGUGACUACCUGUUUGAGGCCUUGACCAAGUUGUGUCUGGUGGCCAACAAGCACAAUUUUAUCAAAGUAGUCCAGGGCAGUGUAAAGUUUGACAUCCAGCCUGGCAGAGAGGGGUUUGUUGACUUCAAGAGUGGCCAGGAGACCAUGAUUUACAGAGCAAAGAAUGGCCAUCUGAUGGUGGAAUCAACUCGAACAAAGUCCCGGGCAAUGAUACAAAAUUGAACUGGAUCCAAUAAUCAGAUUCUACAAGGUUUUAGGCAUCUUGAGACUUAGAUCAUGAAUGAGAACCUGCAUCCUCUCAAUAAGGGUUGGACAUAAUGAAAUGAAUUGAAAUCUCAAACGGUUCAUACUGUGGAGGAAACUCCAAAGGAAUGACUACUGAUGUUCUACUGAUGAAAACUUCACCGGUUAUUAAGCUAUACAUCACAUGCAUGGGCUCAGUUGUGACUUGUCAAGCAAAGCUGUCAUUACAAUAAGGCUCAUUUGUAAAAUAUGGUUUUGCUUUAGGUAUAUUUUCACUAGAUGUCCCAUUUUAGAGAUAUAAGCAACAUGGUUAAAUCAUUCAAACAUUUUGUGAUUUUGAAGCCAUACUUUUUAUACUUUCUCACGAAGACGCUGUACCAUAUUUACAUUAAAACCAACUAAGUAUUCAUAAACAUCUUUAUUGUAAGAAAAAUGUGUUAAAUACAGUGCAAAAGACA